AUGGAGGAAAAUCAAAAAUUCCUCAUCAGGGAAAUGAAAAAGGCAGAUAUCGAGGAAGUUGAGAAGCUACAUAUUGCCAUUUUCCCUGUGAGGUACUCCAAAAAUGUUUUUAUUGGAUUUUUGAGACCAGAUUAUUUAUCAUUAGUUAUCGAAACAGAGUGGUAUGGAGAAAAGCGUAUUAUUGGUGUUUCUACAUCAUCCCGCAAUUGGGCAUCUCCUUUUUCUCGCUCUCGAACUGCAUACUUAUCAACAUUUGGAAUUCUACCAGAGUUCCGUAGACAUCAUCUUGGAACAUUGCUUUUAAACGCUACGGUUGCAUGCCUUGCAAAGUAUUAUGGCUGCAUUGAGCUUUCAUUGCAUAUGGAAGCCGCAAACAAGGCUGCAUACGAGUUUUACAUCAGCAACAAAUUUAUUGCUGUCCAAUUACUUCCAGAUCAUUAUACAUUUAACAAUUCAUAUCAUGAUGCCUAUUUCAUGAGGAAACCAAUCAAUACAAUCGAACUAGACAGAAAAAAUACAAUUGAGUAUUCAAAAGAAGUUGAAUAUUUAGCACAUAAUUCACAAUAUAUUUCAUGGUUCCAUAGAUUUUGUUUGGAUCCUUAA